ACUUUCGGCAAAGGGAAAUCGUCGAGACCAGAGUCACGCGCAAACGGGGACCCGCUUUUAGAGAGAGAGAGAGGAGAACGCCAAACGCAUUCCUUGCCGGAGCUCAUUCUCUCUCUUUCCCUGAAUCAAAUCGGAAAUGAGCGAAGACGCGAAGCGGAUGAGCGCCGGAGCUCUCGUCCUCAAGCCUUCCGGCGACGAUAGGAAAGCAUCGGCUGCUCCGUCGGCCAAGAAGUUUACUAUCAAGAGCGCCGACAUGAAGGACGACAUGCAGAUGGAAGCCGUCGACAUUGCCGUCGCGGCGUUUGAGAAGUGCAGUGUGGAGAAGGACGUGGCAGAGCACAUAAAGAAGGAGUUCGAUAAAAAGUAUGGCCCUACUUGGCACUGCAUCGUCGGAAAAAAUUUUGGUUCCUAUGUGACUCAUGAGACGAAUCACUUUGUGUACUUCUAUUUGGACUCGAAAGCUAUAUUAUUGUUCAAAUCUGGUUGAUCAUGGGAAAAAUGCUUACAGAAAGAUGGUCAUGUUGUGGUUACAAUCCAGCAUUGUGUGUAUAAGUUGAAGACAAGGUCGUGCAAAAUGUCUAAGCUAUAAUAUAUGUCUGUUGCAUGAAGUUGAUUAUUUCGUUACUGGUAAGGGUAAGUUGGGCUUGGACUUUGCAUCUUUUGUUGGAACCUGGAUUUCAAUCCUCUGUUCAUAUUUCUCUAAUUCACUUAGAAUUUUAUGUC